AUGGCUCCUCAGCAGAAGGGUUUCUCGUGGUCCAACAUCGCCGUCGGCGCGACGAUGAACAUGAUGGAGGUCACCACCCUCGGUCAGCCCCUCGAGGUCAUCAAGACCCAGAUGGCGUCGAACCGCCAGCAGACGAUGGUGCAGGCCCUCAGGACCGUCUGGUCCAGAGGCGGCGUGUACGGCUUCUACCAGGGUCUGAUCCCGUGGGCGUGGAUCGAGGCCUCGACCAAGGGCGCCGUCCUCCUCUUCACUGCUGCCGAGAUUGAGAAGGUCGCCAAGAACUCGGGCGUCGGCCCUGGCUUCGCCGGCCUGCUCGGCGGUAUGGGCGGUGGUAUCGCGCAGGCGUACGCGACUAUGGGCUUCUGCACGUGCAUGAAGACUGCCGAGAUCACCCGCCACAAGCAGGCCGAGGCGGGCAUCAAGCCCCCCUCGACCUGGGCCGUCUUUGCCGACAUUUACCGCCGCGAGGGCCUGGCGGGCAUCAACAAGGGAGUCAACGCCGUCGCCGUCCGACAGUGCACAAACUGGGGUAGCCGGAUGGGAUUCGCCCGUCUUGCCGAGACUCCGGUCCGUUCGCUCGUCGGAAAGACGGAGAAGGACAAGCUCAGCGCCCUCGAGAGGGUCGCCUGCUCGUCGAUCGGAGGUGCGCUGGCCACCUGGAACCAGCCCAUCGAGGUCAUCCGCGUCGAGAUGCAAUCGAUGGCCAAGGCCGCGCCCGGAUCGAACCGCCCCGAGAAGCUGACGAUUGGCAACACGUUCGCAUACAUCUACAAGGAGAACGGCAUCAAGGGCCUCUACCGCGGCGUCACGCCACGCAUCUUCCUCGGCAUCUGGCAGACGAUCUGCAUGGUCUCGUUUGCUGACUACGUCCGCGAGUUUAUCGGCAACAAGUAG